CCUAGUAAAUUCAAGGCACCGAUUAGGGAUAUUCAAUUCGUUCGACCGUGCCGAAAUCCCGCUUUCGAAUUAUCUUGAAAUUAUUAUUCUUCUUUUUCUUUUCUUUUUUUCGUUCUAUCUCGUCUCAAGUGAACAAUUUUUAUUUUUUUUUCUUUUCUUUUUCGUGUAUCGUUUUGAUUUAUACGAAUGCGAAAAUGCGUUAACGUGAAAGUACAUAUCCAUGGAGGAGAUACACGGAGGCGGCAUGUCUUCCGCGACGCUCUCGUCCGUCUUGUUUCUUCUACUUUUCAGUCGUGCCGUUAAUGCUCAGAGAAGUUUAGAAUUUUUUGAUCUUUUACCCGAAGAUCCUAAAUUAUACGACAAAAUGCGCCCUCCCAAGAAAGAUGGCCAUGCAACUGUUGUGAAUUUUCACGUUACUGUGAUGGGACUUGAUUCCAUCGAUGAAAAUUCUAUGACAUAUGCCGCUGAUAUUUUUUUUGCUCAAACGUGGAAGGAUAAUAGACUUCGAUUGCCAGAAAAUAUGACGUCCGAGUAUAGAUUAUUAGAAGUCGAUUGGCUGAAAAAUAUGUGGCGGCCAGAUUCUUUUUUUAAGAAUGCAAAGUCGGUGACUUUUCAAACAAUGACGGUACCAAAUCACUACCUAUGGUUAUAUAAGGACAAAACCAUUCUCUAUAUGGUGAAACUGACUCUAAAACUCUCUUGCGCCAUGAAUUUUUUGAUCUAUCCUCACGAUACGCAAGAAUGUAAACUGCAAAUGGAAAGUCUGUCACAUACGACAGACGAAAUGAUCUUCCAGUGGGAUCCCGAUGUUCCUCUCGUUGUAGACGAGAAUAUUGAGUUGCCCCAAUUACAGCUCGUUAAAAAUUAUACAGCCGAUUGCUCGCAGGUUUAUUCUACUGGUAACUUUACUUGUCUUGAAGUCGUGUUUGUGCUGAAGCGACGUCUCGGCUAUUACUUGUUUCAUACCUACGUGCCGACAUGCUUGAUCGUCAUCAUGUCGUGGAUAUCAUUCUGGAUAAAACCCGAGGCCGCACCCGCUCGAGUCACCCUGGGAGUCACCUCAUUGCUCACACUUUCCACGCAACACGCUAAGAGUCAGGCUUCUUUACCGCCCGUUUCAUACCUGAAGGCUGUCGACGCCUUCAUGUCGGUCUGCACGGUGUUCGUAUUCAUGGCGCUGAUGGAAUAUUGUUUGGUGAACAUUGUUCUUGGUGACUCGGAUACGCCAACAGCGAAACCUGCACCUCCGCCACCGCCGCCGUGCUCGAGCACUUCGGAUUCAGCUAAACUUGAUAAGAUCUUCGAUAUUGCUGCCAAGGAAAACGCAAUGUUGUUAUCCUGCCGAUCGCAGAAAUCGCCGAUUGUACCGCCACCCGGACCCACCCCAGCACAAAGGGCGCGAAUACGAGCGUUGAACAUCGACCGCUUCUCGCGAGUCUUCUUCCCUUUCCUGUUUGCCGUGCUGAACGUCACCUACUGGAUAAUGUUCGCAGAGUAUAUUUAGACAGUGACAUCAGGAACACUUCAUAGAAAUCGUGUGAUACUUCAAGAAGAAUGAGAAGAGUACGAGUUCUGCGAGAAACUGAUACUCUGGAAACAUUGAAAUACUUAGGAGAAACGAAGAGCAGUAAGAUUUUUUUGAAAAAAAUUUGUCUCUGCAAUAAAUUUAUAUUAUAUAAAUGUAUCGGUGUGCGAAUGAAAACGAUGGAGAAUUUCGCGACUAUACGUAGUAGAAAUUCCCUGAUUGUAAAGCGUAUCUCAGCAAAAUCGCACAAAUCUGUGAUUGCUUUUGAUGCUGACAAUUUGCCGUAGAUUUCAACGAUUUCGAAUAUACCAACAUUGUAGCACAUGUAGGCAACAUUUAACAGUAAGAUAGCUGUAAGUUACCUUGUGUUGUCGGCAAUAUGACAGCAUUGUGUGAUACUGCGUAUUAUUAUGGCAACAUGACGACAAUAGUAUGAAUUUUGAUGAUGACGAUUUUAAAGUUGUCGACAAAUUGCUGGCAAGUUGUCAUAUCGUGAAGGCAUCAAGUUGUUAACAAAUGAGAAUUCAAUUGCUGCAAUUCUAGCAGCAACACAUACUUAGCAAGCAACAUGCCAGCAACAAAACAAACACGUUGCUAUCUGGGUUCUAAUAAUUUAGAGCUCAAAAAUAUCAGCACGAAUAAGUAUAAAAUUUAUGAAUAAUGAUGUUUAACAAACGCAGAAGCGCUUAAUUCUUUUAGAACGUUACUCUUCUAAAACUUUUCUUUUACUGUUUCUUAAGACAAAUAAAAAAUUUUACUAUACUGUUAUUAUGGCACACUCGCAAACUGUUUUCUCUGACUGCUCACUUUAUUCGUCCGCUCGACAACGAUCGUCCGACAUUUAACAAAUACUAAAAUAAUUACGAUUUAUCAACCAUGGAUAACGUAUUUUUACUGCUACGCGUUUAAAAGCAAAUUUACUUUCUUCUUUUCAAUUGCCAAUUAAUUUUUUGUGUGCCUGCAGGAUAUAUAUAUCUCAGUCCACAAAAAUUAAGAUAGCAAUUACUUUUUAGACUCAUUUUAAAGAUGAAUAAGGUUCUUCAUAAAAAAUCAACGUUUUUGUAAGUUUCAUCACUUGAUCUGUCUCGUCAAAUAUUCAUAAAAUGAGGUAAAGUGAAAAAUACAUGUAUCUUCUACAAAAAUUAAGAUAAUGAUUUUUAUCUGAGCUUAUCUUGAAAAUCAACGUAAAAGCUAUAUAAAAAAAAUCGCUAUUUAAUUCCAAAAUGGCAGAUUCAAUAUAGUGGAGCAAAAUGCUAAAUUAAGUAUCGUGUAAAAGCGAAAAAUAGCCGUGAAAAACAAAUUGAAAAUAGAAUAUAGAAAAUAGAAACAACUGAUUUCAAAUCGGCAAUCUCAAAAAUCCUUAGAAUAUGAAUGUCAUUCAAAUUCAAGAAAAUUUUACGUUUUGAUCCGUCAUAUUGGAUCUACAAUUUUAAAUUUUAAAAUUUUAAUUACAGAUUUAUAAUCAAUGAGCUUAAAACCUUUGAUAAGACGUAAAUUAGAUGCUAAUUAUUCCUAGAAAAAAUACAAAAUGGUUAAACAUUUGAAUAGAUAUGAUAUAUUCUUGUUUAUGAAUGAAACUUGUAAAACUUUCCCGAGAGAGAGAAUAAGUAAAAGAUUUUAUCUAAAUAGGAUAUAAUGAUCAACGAUGUACAGGAAGGCAUAUUGAUUCUAAUAAAUUUAGAAAAUAGCGAUGCGUUUAUUCAACCUCAUACAUCGCUUUAUUAUUACAUGAAAUUCAUCAUUCAAAAGCCCAAUAAAAAAUUCAUAUGUAGAUAUUAUCGUCAUUUAUGAUAAGCUUACAUUUUAUUUCUUGUAAAAAUAAUGUCUCAAUUCAUGAUUUAUAAAUA